GAGGUCGGCAGUGAGGAAGAGGAGAGUAGUGGAGAGGAUGCUGGAUGCUGAGACGGAGCUGCUGGCGAUACACACUCUGUCACUCUGAAGCUGAUCUCACCCUGCAGAGAGGAGGAGAAGAAGAACACGUCUGUACGGAAACCUCAGGAUUAGGUGGACGAUGAACAUGUCUGGCGGGCCCCACGGGGAGGAUCUCACGGAUGAGGAGAAGGAGAUCAUCAACAGUGUGCUGGCUCGGGCGGCCAUGAUGGAGAACAUGGAGCAGCAGAGGAUCGAGCGUCUCUCCAGCCGCCUGGAUAAUAUCAAGAAGACAGCAUGUGGUGACGGACAGUCACAGUGUCUGCUGUGUGGAGCGUCUUUUGGACCGCAGGGGGUCACAGCUGUCCUCUGUGUGCAGUGCAAGAAACACAUGUGCAGCAAAUGUGGGAUUUUCAGCAACAGCAGGUCAUGUCCUGUGUGGCUCUGCAGAAUCUGCAACGAGCAUCAAGAGGUUCAGAAGCGUUCAGGAGCGUGGUUCUUCAAAGGGAGAGAGCAGCAGAGUCUGCCAGCCCCCCUCACUCUGUCCGGGUCUCGACAGUCCAGCAUCGAUAGCAGUUCUGCUCCAGCGGGGUACAACGGAUCCCAGGAACCUCCAGUGCAACAUCAGGGACACGAGCUCGGUGCAGACACACAGCAGCAGCAGCAGUCCUGUGGGUCAGAACAAUGGGAGCAGACAGCAAGAACAACAGCUGACAGCUAUAAUGAGAGUCAGACUUGUCCACCGGCUGUAAUGAAGACCGAGAGACAAGUGCUCGCCUCCAAACCACCUCGGGCAAACGCCCAGCCAGCUGCCCCCACCUCAGCUCCUCCUGCAGAGGUGGAACGCAAGAUCCCAAAGAGGGCAGAGACGGUUUCUCCUCCAGCUGUGGAGGAAAAGAGACCACCUGUUUCCUCUAAUGUGUCCACAAGCAGAAUCACUCCACCUGUUAGCAACCCCGCUCCCCCGAGACCCCAACCAGACCGGACAGAGGAAGACGACAACGAGUACGACUCAGACGACGCCACCACUCUGGGAUCUCUGGAGUUCAGCCUCCUUUACGAGCAGGAGAAUCACAGCCUGCACUGCUGUAUCAUUAAAGCCAAGGGUUUAAAGCCGAUGGACUCAAACGGACUCGCUGACCCGUAUGUGAAGCUGCACCUCUUACCCGGAGCCAGUAAGUCUAACAAGCUCCGUACCAAGACGCUAAAAAACACUUUGAAUCCUGUGUGGAACGAGACGCUGGUGUACCACGGUAUCACCGAUGAUGAAAUGACACGCAAAACCCUCCGGCUUUCAGUGAGUGAUGAAGACAAGUUUGGACACAAUGAAUUCAUCGGCGAGACACGAGUUGCCCUGAAGAAAGUGAAGUUUGACCAGAAGAAGAACUUCAGUGUUUGUUUGGAGCGAGUGAUCCCGGUGAAGAAGGCCGUCGGAGGACCUGCUCGAGGCAUGGCUCUCUAUGAGGACGAUCUGAACGAAGGCGGUGACUCAGAGGAGAGGGGUCGCAUCCUGGUGUCACUGAUGUACAACAGCCAGCUGGGUCGCCUCAUGGUGGGCGUGGUCCGCUGUGCUCACCUGGCCGCCAUGGACUCCAACGGAUACUCGGACCCGUUCGUGAAAAUACACCUGAAGCCAGACAUGGGGAAGAAAGCUAAAAACAAGACCCAGAUCAAGAAGAAGACUCUGAAUCCAGAGUACAGUGAGGAAUUCAGUUAUGAAAUAAAACACGGCGAGCUCGCCAAGAAGACGCUUGACAUCUCCGUCUGGGACUACGACAUGGGGAAAUCAAACGAUUUCAUCGGAGGAUGUCAGUUAGGCAUCCAGGCCAAAGGAGAGUGUCUGAAGCACUGGUACGAAUGCCUCAAGAACAAAGACAAGAAGAUCGAGCGCUGGCAUGUUCUUCUAAACGACAACCCCUCCAUGUUCGAUGAUUAAAGUGCCCCCCUCCUUCUUUGUGCUUUCUUUCUCUCUCUCUUGUCCUCCUCCCCCCCCGUAGAUUAUCGUCUUCCAGUGGACACGGGUAGACUUUUACGAUCCUCUUGCUUUCUGUCGUUUGUCCCACAGUUCACCAAUCAAAGCUACAUUUUCAACCGUUUUCAGGCGACCAACAUGGAUGUCAACCUUUAAGCUCUUUGUACUGAGGAGUGACCACUUAACAAAACCACGAAGCUGGCGUUUUCACUGUUACUGUAUCAUAAACUGUAUCAUACCACUUUACCUGACACGCUGUAAUGACGGAGUGAAGUCACUGAUGUUUUAUGGAGGGGUUGUUAUCAGUAUCAGAGAGACGGUCCGCCUCCACGUUCACACCUGACUGAGGGAAUUCCCCGCCUUUCUUCCCCCCACUCUCGUCAUGAGAUCAUGUGAUGUGCUAUCAGCUGAUCUGUGACCACGUUGUUCAGAUUCUUGCAUCGUUUAUUUCUCUUGUGUUUUCGUGCAGAGUUGAUGUGCAUUAUGCGUAUGUUUGAUUCAAAAUAGGACAGGUGGAUGUACGGUUACUGAAACAUGAUGGUGUCAUUAUCAUCUGUGCAUGUGUGUCCCUCCUCCAGAGUAAAUCCAAAGGCGUGUAAUGCUUCUGCAUGGCGUUCGAUCAUAAUGAGGAAAUGCAACAUAAAGCCGGGUUCUCAGAUCUGCACAGAAUACUCCACAUGUUGCUCCCUGGUGUGUAUUCAUAUUGACGCAUGUCUGAACUCAUAUUGUAGAACACACGUGGAUAAUAAAUAAAAGCAUCAUGGCACUUCC